AUGUGGAGUCUCAAGGCACUGGAACGGGCAUUGCCCGCCGCUCGUGGCGCUCGUGUAGUGUUUGCCAGCUCUGCAGCUGCUUCUGUGACAGCAUUUGAAGGAGUGCGUCUAAAUAAUUUGCGUGACAAUGAAGGCGCACACAAGCGUGCCAAGCGUCUCGGUCGCGGUAUCGGCUCCGGCAAGGGCAAGACCUCGGGACGCGGACAUAAGGGACAAAAGGCGCGAUCUGGUGGUGGUUCUGGUCGUGGACCUGGAUUUGAGGGUGGACAGACGCCGCUGUAUCAGCGCGUACCGAAGCGUGGCUUUAACAACAAGUUUGCGACGCCCAUGGAAACGCUAAACGUAGACAAACUACAGCUCUUUGUGGACAUGGGGCGUCUGGACGCCAGCAAUAAGAUUACCAUUAAGGAGCUUGUGGACUCGGGCAUCGUGACCUGCUCGCGCGUAAAGCAUGGCAUUAAGCUACUGGGCAAAGGCAGCCAGCAUCUUACAACCAAGCUGGAUAUCGAAGUCUCACAGGCCUCCGAGUCGGCUAUUAAGGCAGUGGAAGCGGCCGGUGGUAGUAUCGUGUCAGUUUACCACAACCGAUUAGCGCUGCGUGCGCUACUCAAGCCGCACAAGUUUGAGAUGAUCCCGCAGUCGGCACGUCCGAACCCGACGAAACUCACGUACUACACUAACUAUGAAAAGCGUGGGUACUUGUCGCCGGAGAUUCAGGUUAAGAAGGCGCUAGCCAAUGCUAGUAACUUGGAAUAG